AUGAGCGCUCCCAACACCCCAAAUAGUAGCCAAACCACCGCACCACCUAAUUCUCCAAUCUUCGGGAAUCCAAUCGCUAUCCCCGACCGCCUCCGCGCCGCCAUCGAAGCCAAAAACGCACGCAAAGCCGCAGACCAUGUAGAAAUGGAAAACGAAGAGAUAGCCCGUGGCAUACGCAAGCUUAUGAGCAGAGCCAGCAUAGAAUCACUGAAGCCAGAGACUGAAGAGUCUACUGCUAUCCUCAUGAGGCCUGCGCGUCCAGGCCAAGGAACCAGGGACCCAGAAGCCGUGAAUCUACCGGCGAGAUUGGCGAGGAAGAUAGAGUUGGAUACUGUGAGAGAAGAGCUUGAAUGGGAGAGGACAGAAAGCGAGUGGCAUCAAGCAAUGACUAGUCGGGAGCUUCCUGAAGGUGCUGGUUGGUAUUCAGAUGAUGAGGAUGAACAUGCUGAUUCUAUUGGCAGUGAUAGUCUGGUAUCGGGUGAGGAUGAGGCCUCAUCUCCAACUGCGGGUACAGACAGUAUGAGAAGAAGGGAUCGGAUAAGGCGUGCAGGAAAAGGCCUACUUAGAAGAAUGAGUAGUCUUAUCCCAAGGACCACCAGGACACCUGAGCAGAAUUGA